CUAGGGGACUCAUUAAAUUUUCUUCUAAUUUCAUAGUGGAGAAGCAAUAAGGCCCGACGAUGACUUCAGAGGAUUUCCAUGAAGUUCAGAAGCCUGAAGAGAUGGAGCAAGUAGAAGUAACUAAAACAGAUGUUGAAAAGAAAGUUGAAAGAAUCUUGAUGCUCAUCAAGAGGAAAAGCAAGGGGGAAGAGGAGCCCGAGCUUGCUGUACUCAUUGAGGACUUUCACGAACAGUACCGGUCUCUCUAUUCACAGUAUGAACAACUUAAACGAGAGUCCAGUAAGAAAGUUUUUGAUUGGGAAGGACUUGAAAGUCAUUCUUCUAAUGCCUCUGGCUCGGAUUCGGAAUAUCAUCUGUCGACGGAUAUCAAACCUACUGCCGAUGCAGAAUUUAACAAAGAUGGAAGUUUACUGGGGAGGAUGACCGGAAACAUCCAAGAAGAACUCGAAAGGGCAUUAACAAAAGUUGCUGAUCCGAGCCAUCAGUUGGUCUCUAAGACUGAAGAGAAGGAAGAUUUAGCUUCAGACCAUUUGGCUGCUGUAAGUAAAAUACAAGAAAUAGAAAUCGUCAAUAGAGACUUGAGAAGAGAAGUGGAUGAGAAAGAGAAAAGACUCGCCAGUUCCGAAUCGGAGCAUAAGGGACGGGUAAUCGAGCUAGAGGAGAAGUUGAUUGGCUUGAAAAAUGAGGUGGAAUCUCAUCAGCUUGAAAAAUUACAUUUGGAAGCUCAGCUUGAUGGUAAGACAGCUGAAUGUAAACUGCAUGGAGAGACAAUUAAGGCACUGUAUAGGCAAAUUUCGGAGCUCGGAGAUGAAGUUAGUAAAUUCAUGAAGCAAAUUGAGGACAGUGACAACAACUUAACUUCUAAACUUGAGGAUUCAAUGGCUCAGAUCAUCAAUCUGAAGGUGGAGGUGGACAAUUUAUAUGACCAAACGUACGAGGUAGAUGUACUGAAGCAGGAAUUGGAUUCUGUACGCAAUCAGAAAAUCGAAUCCGAGACUCUGCUAGAGCGGAAAUCUAAAGAAACCUCCCAAUAUUUGAUUCAAGUGAAAACCCUGAAAGAUGAAUUAGCAAGAACAAGUGGUGUUGAGCAAAUAUUGGUAGAAGAAAAAGAAGGCUUACAGAUGCAAGUGCUGGAGUUGGAAUCCGAGGUGGACGUUCUUCGCAAGCAGAAAACUAAACUGGAAGACAAUGAGAGGAGUAAUGUUCGUGAAAUCAAUCAAUUGAGAGAUGAAAAGGGUCGCCUAAAUGCUAAAGUUCUUGAGCUGGAAUCACUAUUUCAGCAGAAAGAACUCGAGAUUUCGGCUAUUCAGGAGGAUUACGAAAGUAAACGGCUUGAAGAAACUGCUCAGACCAUGACCUUGAAUGCAGAGAUUGAACUUCUGAAACAGAAGUUGGAAUUCAUGAAGAUGGAGAAAAGCAGUUUGGAGGCGCAGAUCGCUGAUCAGAAGAGAAUCAUGAAAGAAAGAGAGGAAAAUGCAAACAAUACAUUGGAGUCGAACUCGAAGCUUGUCAGACGAUUAUCAGCAGGAAAUUUUAAUAUCAAUGUCUUGGAAAGAAAGAUGGAGGAUUUAGCGGAAGAGUUCCGCAAGAAAACUGAAGAUAAUAUCCGAAUUUUGUACCAGAGGAUCAUGGUUGCUGAAAAGAUACAUUACGACAACAAAGAUACUUCCAAGAUCAUAAAAGAAAAGCUAGAGCAAGAGAAUGAAGCACUUACAUGGAAGCUUAAAGCUUCUGAAGCUAAGCUUAGGAAGAUGAGGGAUUCAUUGGAGGCAGGCAAAAAGGAAUGGACCGAGUCAAACUCGAAGUUAAAGCAAGAAAAUGGAGUACUUGCGAGGAAACUUGCCAGUUGUGAAGCUGAGCUCAAGAAGUUAAGGGAUCCAACGGAGUCAAUGAAAAUUGCAGUGACUGGAUUGAAUUCGAGGCUGGAGCUAGAAAAUGAAGUACUUAAAAAUAAGCUUGCCAAUUGUGAAGGUGAGCUCAAGAAGUUGAGGGAUUCAAUGGACGUAGGCAAAGAAUCAUUUGGUGAAUCGAAUUCGAGGCUAGAGCAAGAGAAUGGAGCACUUAAGGAGAAGCUUGCCUCUUGUGAAGCUGAGCUGAGGAAGACGAGAAGUUCGAUCAAGGCAGGAAAAAAUGCAUUGGCUGAAUCGAAUGCAAGGCUAGAACUAGAAAACAAAAAGCUUAGAAGGCAGCUUGCUUCUUGUGAAGCUGACCUGAGGAUGUUGAUGGAUUCGACGGAGGCAAGCCAAAAUGCAUUGACCGAAUCCAAUUCACGACUUGAGCACACCAAUAGAGAACUUAAUGAGAAGCUUGCCACUUGUGAAGCUGACCUGAGGAUGUUGAGGGAUUCGACGGAGGCAAGCCAAAAUGCAUUGACUGAAUCCAAUUUACGACUCGAGCAUGCAAACAGAGAACUUAAUGAGAAACUUGCUACUUGUGAAGUUGAGAUAUGCAAGCUAAAGGAUACAAUCGAUGCAGAAGCUUUGAAUGAAUCAAAUUCAAGGCUAGUGCAGGUAAAUGAAGCACUUGCUGAAAAGCUUGCAAGUUCUGAAGCUGACCUGAGGAAGGUGAGGGAAUCAAAUAGAGAGCUUAAUGAGAAGCUUGCCACUUGUGAAGCUGAGCCAUGCAUGUUAAAGGAUCUGAAUGAAUCGAAUUCAAGGCUAGAGCAGGCAAAUGAAGCACUUGGUGAAAAGCUUGCAAGUUCUGAAGUUGAGCUGAGGAAGGUGAGGGAAUCAAAUAGAGAACUUAACGAGAAGCUUGCCUCUUGUGAAGCUGAGCUAUGCAAGUUAAAGGAUCUGAACGAGUCAAAUUCAAGGCUAGAGCAGACAUUUGAAGCACUUGGUGAAAAGCUUGCAAAUUCUGAAGCUGAGCUGAGGAAGGUGAGGGAAUCAAAUAGAGAACUUAACGAGAAGGUUGCCCUUUGUGAAUCUGAGCUAUGCAUGUUAAAGGAUCUGAAUGAAUCGAAUUCAAGGCUAGAGCAGGUAAAUGAAGCACUUGGCGAAAAGCUUGCAAAUUCUAAAGCUGAGCUGAGGAAGGUGAGGGAAUCAAAUAGAGAACUUAACGAGAAGCUUGCCACUUGUGAAGCUGAGCUAUGCAAGUUAAAGGAUUCGAGUGAAUCGAAUUCAAGGCUAGUCCAGGCAAAUGAAGCACUUGGUGAAAAGCUUGCAAGUUCUGAAGCUGAGCUGAGGAAGGUGAGGGAAUCAACCGAGAUAUGGAAAAAUGCAUUGACCGAAUCAAACUCAAGACUAAGGCUCCAAAUUGGAGAACUUGAAGAAAAGCUUGCCACUAGUGAAGCUGAGCUGAGUAACUUGAGGGAUGCAUUGAAUGAAUCGAUCUCAUCUGUGGACGAAAAUUCCGACACCGGCAUUUCAAAUGUCGAAGACCAUCUUGUUUCAAUGAAUGACAUGAAUACAAUGUUAGCCGAAAUCAGUAAGGAAAACGAGUUGUUGAAGGAGAAAGUUUCGAGUUUGGAAGCCAAGUUGAGCGAGGAAGGAGAAGAAAAGAUGAAGCUGUUGGAAGCCAUUGCGGAGCUUGAGGCUCGAGUGAAAGCAUCGGAGAAGAUUACCAAAGAAAAAGACGAAGAAUUGUUGGGGAGGGAGGAAGAAAAGAGGGUAGCCAUCAGAGAGCUCUGUCAGUUGAUUGACUAUCACCGCGGCCGCUACGAUGAACUCAAGGAAAUGAUCAACAGCUACACUGCCAUAACCAUGAAAAAAACAUGAAACUUGUCACAUAUAUGUCGAAAGUUGAAAACCGCCCAAAUCGA